AUGUCUUCGAACGGCGUCCUCCCACCCGGGUGCCCGGGUAACUCCACCGUCUGUGUGGGGAUCUCCUGCCUGGAGCCCCCCAACAACUUCAACCAGAUCCUGAGCUCAGUCCUGAGCGUGGUCAUGACAGUUAUGAUGGGCUUGGUCAUGUUCGCCAUGGGCUGCACCGUGGAAGUCGCCAAGCUAUGGAGCCAUAUUCGCCGGCCCUGGGGCAUUGUUGUGGGCUUCCUGUGCCAGUUUGGCAUCAUGCCCUUCUCAGCUUUUGCCCUGGCGCUAGCCUUUGAUGUGUUGCCUCUUCAGGCAGUGGUCAUUCUCAUUAUGGGCUGCUGUCCUGGGGGGUCGAGCUCCAACAUUCUGGCCUACUGGAUGGAUGGGGACAUGGAUCUCAGUAUUAGCAUGACCGCCUGCUCCUCCAUUCUGGCUUUGGGCAUGAUGCCUCUGUGUUUGCUCAUCUACACCUCCACCUGGACCUCCGCUGGUACCAUCCAGAUCCCUUACCAGAGCAUAGGCAUAACGCUGGUUUCACUCCUGGUCCCCAUUGCCUGUGGGAUGUACGUGAAGAGCAAGUGGCCCAGAGCAGCAAAAAAGAUCCUCAAAGUCGGCUCCAUCAUGGGCAUCAUCCUCAUCGUCAUCAUCGCCGUGGUGGGCGGCCUGCUCUACCAGUCAUCCUGGGUCAUCUCACCCUCUCUGUGGAUAAUCGGAGUUGUUUACCCCUUGGUGGGUUUCGGCCUGGGUUUCCUGCUGGCUCGAUUUGUGGGACAGCCUUGGUACAGGUGUCGUACCAUCGCACUGGAGACAGGCUUCCAGAAUGCCCAGCUGUGCAGCACCAUCGUACAGCUGUCCUUCAAAACGGAGGAGCUGGAGGUCAUGUUUGCCUUCCCGCUCAUCUACAGCAUCUUCCAGCUGCUGAUGGCUGUGGGCGCCGUGGCUGUCUACCAGGUAUACAAGAGACGAUAUGAGGGAGGAACUGAGCACAGCAGCUGCAGUGCGGAGUCUGCAGUGAAAGAUAAGCAAGACUUUUCACUGGAGAAUGGCGGCUUUGAGUAUGAUGAGAAUGGUAACACUGGAGCCAAGCUAACCCACCUGUGA